AUGUCGUGUUGCAGAAGUGAAGAGUAUAAAGAGCAAAAUAGGAUAAACAAAGAAAUUGAAAAGCAAUUAAAGCGGGACAAGAAGGAUGCACGGAGGGAGCUUAAACUUCUUCUUCUUGGUAAGAGAUUGCACAUCAUGGCACCUCUUUUAUGAUUUAAUACUUGUAAGUCGUUUCUGUCAACAAUUCCCGCAUUUUUGGCCAAGAAUGUUCGUGCCGUAAUUCGUUGUAGUAGAUGGAGGAAGCUGUUUUCUUCGGCAAAUUACCCGGCUAGUCAGGACUUAAUUUAUAGAAAACUAACUACAUGAGUUUAUUCCCAAUCUAGACAUGAUGCUGGACAAAAACCUUGGAAAUAAUGCUCAGCGGUAGGAAAUCCGGUAGACUGGUGCAUGUAAGGCUUAUUUCGACAGAAUCUGUGCGAGCAUGGAACGUACUACCCAUGCAAAAGUUCAGAAUAGGAGGAGGUCCGCAAAGUGUAGUCAACAACGGUUAAGCUGUCAUCAGCUUGACCAUUCAGACUGUCCGAUGGGUGAUGUCCGAAAGGCUUAACUGACAAAAAACUGCAGAAAUAUAGGGCUAGUCGACGGUGGGCUUUGGAACAUGAGACGACGCAAGAACUGAACAGCCUUUUUUGCGGUUUAAAUAUACUCACUUAGGUGAGAUGCCGGGCUUAUAUUCCAUGGGUCGAUCAUGAUUGAGUGAGGAGCUACGCCCCCUUACCCAGGCAGCCCAUUCUAAGGAUUCACACCUCGCCCUGAAAAGCCUGUCUGGACACUGGUAUUCCCCCGUUACUUAAAUAUCCUGUCCGAAUGUUCUCAAAGACCGCGUAUAGAUAAGCAAAAUUAAAUAGUUUUUGCGCCCACGUGACGCCGCACUUUGCCGCCGGUUGUGGCAUGGUAAUUCAAAACUUAUUAAGCCGUUCCCCUGGUCAUAGGUUUCAAAUACAACGUGCAUGUGUAGUUGUCCGUUUCAACACUUAAGGCAGCGUCUCUGACGGGUUACGGAGAUCAUGCCGGGUUGCAGUAUCUGAAGUGCAUUUGCAAAAUUGCUUGCUCGAUGACGUUUCGCAUCAGGUUCUGGUAUUUCUACCUGGAACUCUGUGCGUGAUCCUACGACUGUGGAAUGUUAAAUGUGUGUGUAUCUGUGGUGUCCUGUUUAUGUUUGACAAUGACUCUGGUUGUUGCCCCAAAUCUAAAAGUGACCCGUAUAGUUCGAAAACCAUAUUCCCAGGAGCUUAAAUGCUCACCGUUCGGUACAGCCUCACAUGCAUGCUAUGUUGAAGUGGUGUGUGAAAAUGGUUUCCAAUAACAGAGAUGGUCAAGUAAUUCAUUUUACCUACACUACUGAAAGCUCCCUGUUGCUCUGGAGGAACGCCAAAUCAAGAACGAAUCUGGUUUAAGCCGGCGCACAUAAAAAGAUCGAUGAAUUCAUUCAUGAAGUUUUCAUUUGAAAAAAUGGUCUAAUGUCGUAACAACUGUCACCGUUGUUCAGGUCGUUCAGUUAUCCACCGAAGCAUCCGAGUCUCUAAGGAUUAUGCCGGCAUGAUGACAGCGCUCGGGCGUUUACGAAUCCUAUCUCCUCGGUAGUAUGAGCGCCGGGGUCGCGAUAGAUAAGAACGACGGAUGCACUAGCAACCGUUGGGAGCUUGUCUUCAGACAUGCCAAAAUUGCAGAUACUAGAGUGAAUAGAGAUACUGUCAAUCUCUAACACGUCGUACAUAUACCCGGCAGUCUCGCGUACGAAACCCAUCACCUUAUAAGGAAAAUAACUUCACGUCAGAACCAGAAAUAUCAGCUGGGCUAGAAUAUCCAGGAACUGAACCUUUGCCCAAAAUCCCUGAAAGUCGUUCGUAGCCCGUACGCUGCCAUUUUGUCCGAGUUCUUACCGUUUCGGCUCGAAUUUGAAUCUUACCCGUCUCCUCAAUCUACACUUGUUAGACCAUAGCUCUCGUGGUGUUAACGCGGUAAGAAAUGCGGAGCCUUAUCUGUGACAUGCUUUCACUUCAUUUAAAGUGAUGUCUCUGACACCAUCUCGUCGCACUGCUCUGGUUGAUCGGGUGGAAACCUCACUGCGUCGUGCCGUCAUAGGAGGAAACUUUUUAUAAUGAACUCCGGACUGCUGUCAGGUUUCUGAAUAUGUUUGCCCAUGCCGUUGCAAGACGUAGAAUGAGUGAACAUAGAUUUGUGAUUCAUAUACAAGGCUAUCCAUUUGUCACUACGCCGUAGGUAGUCGCCGCGAAGUUAGUGGAAAGCUCGUCAUUUUCGCUGCUAGGGAUUUCUUGAUUGCUCUAGUUAACUGCUUCUCAAUCCACUGGUAAUGGCGCUGAGAACCAAUUCGACUACAUGCCUGUCAGAACAUGUUGGCCCAAGCCACUGCUAGGUUUUCACACGGGAUGUCUGUGGCUACGGUCCAGACUAAAUGUCGAAAAGACGCGAUCUGCGGUAAGCUAUGGAAACCACCGCUGCAACAGUCUUUCAUCUGUCUCCACCAACUUCGUCUUCUCUGCGGCAUCUUCAGUAUCAGACAACUCCCUUGAACUCGAGCAUGCUCUCCAGAGUACUUCUUGGGCCUCGACCAUAAUGGGCGUCGCCGUGACCAUUUGAUCUCUUCUGAAACAAUCAGACUGUUAUCGCAAUGGCUGAUCACCUUUGCAGCCAUCGGAACUUCAUUGACCUCUGUCAUGUGACUCCAUCGAGCUCAGGAGUAGGACUGCCGGAGAUCUUUCAAGUAUCUACGGCACUGUACCAGACGUAGAAUACGAAUCGGUCUCAUCCAUUUGGCCUUACGAUCACGGCCAAUCAAGAUAGACCAAUAGUGCUAAUGUCGGACACGACACUGGUCGAAAAGCACUCUACCCAGCCUCUGAAUCUAGCCAGCUUGACCCCUCUGCCCUUCUUCACUUGGAAGACACUCCGCUGCCCAAGCUUAACUUUGACUACAAGCCACUGUCUACUGAACAGACGGCGAAACUAAAGGACGAAAUAUCUGACAAGGAACCCUCUCCCGAGUAAGUGUUGUUCAAGUAUUAGCUGAGUGGCUACAGGACCUUCGGUUCAAAUUUCAAAAGUAUAAACCUUUUCCACGGAAUAUAGCGACGCCGCCACUACGCCACCUUUCAAAGAAAUAACUACGAAAGUACUACCGCGUCAUAAGUCCUCUUGACGUCUGCACAGGUGUCUUAAUUCACCGCAACUGCCGUUUAUCCCUCAAUGAGCGGACACGGGAGAACUAGCCCGGGUUCCGACCUGGGCGAUCCCUCAAACACCACCAUUGGCACCAACAACCUUACUUCGUCUGUUUCUUAAAUUUUGCGUCCGCGUUUGACUGUCCAUCGAGAUUUCUUAUGGCGCGGCCAAUUUUGCCACACGUGUCUGGACUUUCCAGUUGAACUAUUAAGGAUGUUUGAAUGAAUGAAUGGAUGACGUGUAAAGGAAAAACCAACCAUCUCAUGGUAGACAAUUGGUCGUAGUCGAUUCUGUCAGUGUCCUUGCAUUAUCUCGCUCGUUGAACUGGUUCUUGAUCUUCAGAGGUUGUAAUCCUAAUGACCUUUUUCGUGCUCUCCUGUACCGUGCUUUUUCAAGCAGUGACUAGUAAACGUUUAAUUGGUCGUCCUGCUUACCGCGAACUGGUGUUCUUUAUAUUUGUUACUAGAAAAUGCAUCCAGUACAUUUAUCAACUCGAUUUUUACCGGUAAUCGCAUGACUUACUAAUAUUCUAUGAAGUUUAGGCCUAUUUAAACCUUCAUAUGGGCCUACGUCAAAUAAAGUCAAAGGCUGACUGGAAAGGAGCUAAAAAGCAAUCGAAGUUCCUGUACUCCACUUUGACGGAAAUCCCUAACUGUUUUACAGGACCUCUUGUGCACUUUGCUAGUUCAUUUUUGACUAUCAAUUUGGCCGGCAGUUUUUUCCGCCAAAACUUAAAACCGCUUCUAAAUCUGUUCCAAAAGAGUUUCGGAUUUCUCGUCUUUCCAUCUGAUUUGUUUUUCAAAGUUACCCAUCCUGAAUCUCUUACCCUGUCCUGCCUAGUGCUUUUUCUGAUCAUCUGGUAAAUAUUAUCGUACAUACGCAGCUAACCGUUCCUUGUAUAAAACCUCAGACACCGGGUGAGCUAACUCGGAGCCUUAAUCUCGGUGUUUCUUGAUCGUCUCGAUUGCUCUUAUAGUUGCGUUAACAGCACCCAAGUAUUCUGUCAUUUCAUCAAACAACUUGUUCGCACGUUCCUUGUCAAAUAUGCUUGUUUUGCGCGUGACCCGCAUUAGGCGGAGGUUGCGCGCCACGUCAACUACUCAGCUUAAUCUCAUCCCCAGACGACAUGGCUCAAACACGCAGCCACUACGAGGGCGGAGAGGAAGUUACGCUGUCCUCGUUUUCAUUCGCGCUUUAUCUACUCACAAGCAGUCGAACACGCCCUAAGGUGUCACAGACAGUUGUUACCUGUAGGUUUGACACCUGAAAAGCCUCCGUUGUCCGUCCCACCUGACGAACGGCCAGGCCUCGCCGGCACCCCUUAGGUAUGAAAAAUCGUAGACUCCGUCACUGAGACCCAGUUACCACAAAACUGGAGCCAAGUAAGUGCGUGGCAAGCGUAGACGCGACCACAGUUUUGUCUGCCAUUUAGCCUUCAACAAGCUUUUCGUUUGGCUCAAUCUUGCCAUUGAAAGGUGUGGUAAGGGAGUGAGGCAGAUAACGCCCAAGUCCGCAUUUCUGCAAGCAACUGUACAUUUGAGCUACUAUCGCCCACUGCCUGGAUGUUUAUGCUCCUCGCUUGCGAUGGACGGAUUUUUCAUUAUGCCCCGCCCGCAGUAAGCUGAGUCUGUCUCACCGUCUCUGUUGCCUGUUUCCAUCGCAGGGUUAUUUUCUUCUUCCCUUACGCCUGCUGCUAAAGGCAAUUAUCAGGCCCCUCAGUCGUACUGCGAAUUAGUCGGCCUAGCCUUUGGGGGUGGUUGUGGAAAUUUAAUCAAGCGUGAUUCAAAUGGUUUAAUGACUCAGUAUCUGUUAGUUUUGCCCCGCCAUAAAUGCCUCCGCUUGAGUUUCGAACGAAUUCCCUGGUCCUCCGUCGAAGUCACUUUUCUUGGUCGACCACAAUGAUAUCAAAACCGAUCGACAACAUGAAGUCCAAAGCAGUCAUUUUUCCCAGUGGCACCUACUGAUAUCUAUGUCGGGCAGAUUAUAUCACCAUAGCUUCCUUCGUGUUCCAGCGUAGGUUUGACGCUGUCCCAAGAGUUACACCCAGUACUUCUUGCACAGCACAUCCAGGCAUUCUUUGCUUAGUUACCAAUUUUCCUUUUUUCCCCUAGGUACGGGCGAGUCCGGAAAGAGCACCUUCAUCAAACAGAUGAGAAUUAUUCAUGGCUCCGGAUACUCGGACGAGGAGCGGCGCAGUCUGAUAAAGCUGGUUUAUCAGAACAUUUACCUGGCCAUGUACACACUAACCCGAGCCAUGGAAACUCUGAAGAUCGACUACGAGAAUCCAAACAAUAGGGUCCGUCACUUUUUAAUGCUGUAAACCAAUUGUUGCAUACACAAGUUUGUCUUUGCCUCUGCCUUGGAACUCCCAUACGUGAGCACCAUAUAGUUGGAAAAUGUGUAGUAGAGUCCUUCCGUGAGGAGAAGACGACGAAUUCAUGUGAACACCCUUGUGGACUCCUCUCUUCCACUGAACACAUUGUUGCUAUGUCGUCUUUCUCGCAGUGACCGUUGAGAGUUGUGGGGCGAAUUGAGGGUUCAUUGCCACUAAGCCUAUUACCGUGGUAUUUUCUGUCUACCUACCCUCAUUGGGUCGAGGUUUGGUUACCAACAUUCAGGUUACCCACAGUCUAUAAGCUUGUCGUCCGGAGCAUAAACCCGUAGCUUUAUUGUCGGCGUCUUGACGACCGGCUGCGUGCUUCUUUAUGGUCAGUGUGCCGGUCUUUCCUCAAAGCUGCCGAUUUCGAUGGAAUUGUAACCUUCGCCUGCGCGCCUUCCUCUCGGCCAUCCGGCCGGUGUGAGGGCCUCUUUCAAGCCCAUCCUAUCAUGCGUAUAUGACGCACAUACAGAGACCGACGUUUAAAGGGUCUUCGUCAUCCAGACUCGUUCGUUCGAUUGUGCCCACUCACUGUUCUUCGAUUUGCGUCCGGUUGAGGACGUAACUAGUCUACUGCAGACAAACUUGCCUACUCAAAUGGCCUUUUCGUUCACCGAAAUUUCAUGUCACGUGAAUUUGGCCGUGCCUGGUGGCGAUGUCGAGGUGUCCAACCGCGGUUUGUGUGACUGGCAUGCCAACUAGCCAGAUUUCGCGUCGGAACAGGCCGCCGACCGGGACUUAGUUAGUGGGCGGCGGAUUCCCUCGUGGUCAACACCGCUAAACACAAAGGAACGCUAUUGUAGUGCCAACUGUAGUGUAUGCGUUUAUGGUCAGCUUGAGUCCGGUCGCCCAACGCGGCGGUAGACGCAGUGUAUGAUCUGUGGGAGUGAGACCCAUUGCCAACAGCAUCGUUCGUAGCUGAGUUUUGAUCGCAUUCUGUUAAUUUUAAUUGCUCUCUAUUCACGGUAAAAAUUAUACUUUUGAGUCAGAUUCCAGACCUCCUCCACAGGUACUUGGCUAGGCCACACGUAUAAUCCACCUUUGUAUAAUCGUACCCGCUGUCAUUGCUAAUGAUACUCAAAUAACUCCAGGUUCCUCCUGACUCAGCGUUAGUCUACGUCCUCAGGCUUUGACGCAGGGUAUUUGCCUGCUGAGAAUAGGUUAUAUGGGAUGGUCUUUCUGUAUCGGGGAGGUGUUACAUGUCUCCGUCACUGCACGAGUUUGAUGCCCAUUCAUUCGUCCCAACUACCUAUUCAGAGAGGGGGAGAGGGAGAGAGUACACUUGUUUCCGAGACGUUGCUGCCUACGGCCGGCUUGCUCGCCCAAAUUGUUCAAUAUGCACUUCGUCGAACGUACUCAUCUGAUAUCGAAAUAUUUCAGCUGAUCCGUUUUUUAAGUCGGCUGCGUUGCCUCGCCCAUAAACCGUUGUUGCAGUAUUUCUUCUCAUUUUAUUUCAUUUAAGACCCCAUUCUGUCGUUAUGGGGAUAUGGCAUUACAUCCAUGAAUCGUUUUGGUAAGAGGAGGAGGAGGAGCUAAGUGACAGUUAUUUUGUUGAAGUAAAAACUGAAUGGUCCCAGAAGUUAAAAGAAACGCGACGUGUGCAUGCCAGAGCUCCUCUUUGGUCGGCCUUUUGGCAGGUAGACAACCGUUAGUUUUGCGAGCAGUUACUCAGUACGAAGAUCCUUACUUUUUGAUACGUUGACAUGCUUCUAUAGUCUGUUGUUUUCUUCACCAUUCAAACUGACGGACAAGGUUGGGGAAUAAUAUCUGUCAGCCUCGAUACUGACCAUCCGAUGCCGGAAGUAGUGUUGUCUUAUCCAAUGUCAGUAGAUGCCCUCAUUAUCCCUCGUCCGUUUUUACAUAACCUGCUGUCAGCGAGAAGCAGGUCACCUAAAGGACAUGAAAACUUUUCGGGAGACCGCGUUCUUUUCCCCGUCUCUUGUGUAGAAAAAAAUAUGACAUUAGCCGCCCUCAUCGUCGGAUCAUUAUCAUCGGAUUCCGUCCGAACAUGUCUAGGGGCUAUAAGCGAAAAAGGGUGUUCAUGAAAGUAGUUGAGAGGCGGCGCAAGGGGCUUUUGUCUCUAGGAAUAUCCUUAGACCAUAACACAGGAUGAUCUCUUCUGGUCGUGGCUGAUGCAUUUCUGAUCUUAACUAGGCUUUCAUACCGAUGCGCUGUCCCAUGUAUAUGCUAUUGAAAAUAUUUUUGACGUUCAGAUAAAUCUGCCUUGCCGUAGCGAAUGUUAAAAAUGAGGCUCUUAAGCAGCAUAUCUUUUCUUGACCUUAACCGUCCGCUAACCGCAUAUGAUAAGGACAACUUCGGGCCCCGUUUCAACAUGCGCCAGGUCUGUGCUCGAAUUAGCCGAAAUUCCGAUAUUCAACUUGAAGGCAUGCAUAUGACGGUCGUCCUUCACACAAGGGAUUGCUGACCUGUGCGAUCCUUCGAGCCUCCCCCCUCCCCCUCCCCCUUCUCACUGCCUCCGAUGGUCCGCCCGUCCGGACUCGUCCCGGCCGUCAUGUUCCCUGAGCCCAACGUGUUCUUACGUCACCAUUAAUUUGACCGUUAGGAAAGUUGGGGAGGUUCGCGAACAGGGCGACCAUCUGCGCAUUUCUGGUUUUGUAGCCUGAGGUUAGUCCACCAACUAACUAGACGACUUGUUGCUGUCCGACCGUUAUUUAGGGCGAUCAUUUGGGAUGUAGUUAGCGCAGACUAUGACGCUUGCUGAACCGGUCGUUGACCAAUCUCUGCAGACCACCGCUCUUUUUGAAAUUUAGUCCCUACCCCCUAGUGUUUGGUAUCUUUGUUUUUUUGCGCCAAGCUAGAAAGUUCGAAUUGACCCAAAUCGGACUUUGACUGUCAAUUAAAUUUUAUGGUUCCACUUCUAUCAAAUGUAUACAUGACUUUGCACUAGAAUAAAAUUGGUAUCUUAAGCCUUAGGUCAUAUUAAAAAUCCAUUUAUUUGAGGGUAGUCUAUCCGUUUGAGUGUCCACUGGCACAUUAACGAGCUAUAAAUAUAUCCCAGAGCGCCGUAUAUUGGCUGAGCUUUGUUCUACUAGCUUUUAUGCCCGCGCCUCAGUUUUAAACAACAUGUUUUUUUUUACCUGUUCUCAGUCGAACAUUAGAAUAAACACUAGUAGCUUUGUUAUAAUUUCACGGCAAACUUUCUUCAUUAGAACUGCUUGUCUUUAAUGAAACUUUUCCGUGACUGUAUAUAGCACAAAGUUUUCGGGCACGUUGGAAAUUUUGACUGUUUUGUUCAUUUACUGAAGUCUGACGACGACAAGGGGAACCGACGUCGAAAAUUGACUAAUAAGGUUCUUACUUUUCCCAAAGAAUCUACUAUCUUAAAAUUAUAUUUUCAGGGAUGCCUGCCUUUCAGUUUGCAUAUUUCGAAAUAGUUGAGAUUCUUUUGAAGCAAAAUAACCUUUAUUACGUAAAUUUUCGACCCUGGUUCUCCAGCUCGUGGUCAAAUUUACGGGUCAUGCACGAAAACAGUUAAAUAUUUGACCGCGUAGAACUAAUGAUCCUGUGGUCCGUCGAAGCCUGCGCCAAUGCGCGCCAAUCGUAUUUUGUCAGCCCCUCGGCAUUGGUUGCGCUCGCCUUCAUUUGUCCUUUCGAAGUUUGUACGUGACAUCUAAAUUGAUAUGCCGAUUGUUGCAUGUCUUACCUGAGUCCAUUGCUUCCAGGAAUUCGUGACCUUUUCUUCUUGGUCAGGCGCCAACAAUGCGAGUGUUCUCUCAUGCAAAUUUAUGUCCAUUGUGUGCAUAACCACCUUAGAUAGAUGAUCUCGUUUCCACACCGUUAACAUAUGCUCAUGUAUGCGGAUUAAAACAGAUUUCUCAGUCUGGCAACAAAAACAGUAUUACAGCUGGCACAUGCAAUCUUAUAGACAACGCCUUUCAUAUCGAGAUAGCCAACUCUGUCUUCAGGGUGUACAAUCCGUGUGCGUAAGGUAGUUGCCGGCUGAUGUGCUACUUGUAUCUGGUGUUUUUUCGAUUGUCUUUCGACAAGCUCAGAUGCAUUUUUCACGUAUAGGAGAGUCCGCCAGGCGUAUUUUUCAUGUGUCACCUGUGGUGCAAUGUACUGUGGUCAAACCGGAAAAUCCUCUACACGCCUACGUUAAUACCAGUUGGCAGUAAUAAGACAAGACUGCUUAUCCCAAGCCGCCAUGCAUACACUAAAAACUGGAAACAAAUUUGCUCGAAAUAAAGCCCUCAUUGUCUGUUUCUGUCCAUAUAAGAAAGGUCGAGAAUUCCUGAAACUCAUUAACGCUCAUGAUUCAUGCAUCAAUUGGCGCAUCGAUCUGGGCGCCGUAUACACAAACCUCAAAGUAAAAUGGAGAAGGUACUGGCCAAUAAAAGCGUGAUGUCAACCCACAGCAUUGACAGCAAUAUCGAUUUUCCGGGCAUGUUUGCAUUUUAACUGUUUUUCACACCUGGGGAAUCAACGUCAUUCUCCCAAGAGGCUCAAUUUCCUGCAAAACAUGUAUGUAAUGGUAGGGGGACGCCCGUCGAGCGCGCUAUGAAACCCACUCGUCCUCUUGUGCCUUGGCGCCCUGCCAAAACGUGUAAGCAAUACGCGUGAAAAACGUCAUUCGGACUCUGUAGAGCGAAAGUCGCCUGUAAAGCAUAUCGGAGGUCUGUAGAAGCCACCACCAGCCCCUCCAGUUGAAUUUUCGUUUCACACCACUUUUGUUUGUGCAGGGCUUUGUUCGGACUGUGUCUGUAUGGUACGAUAUCUGGCUGUCGUCCGACUAUAUGUUUUGGCAACAGACGGCUCUAGUUUUAUAAGUUCUGCGUAUGCAAAUUUCGACACUUUGGCACACCGAAACCUCGAUGUAGUGACUAAGAGCUGUUUCGGUCUUAACGGACUGGUAACUUAUCAACUGCUAAAUCCGUAUUUCCGCCAACUUUGCCGAGCGAUCUGUCUACUACUAAUUGUAAUCAUCACUUGAUCACAGCAAUUGCCUUUUGUUAGUCUCGCAUGCCCUUCCACGCCUGUUGGAUCCUUUCUUUACCUAUAUGUCCAUCCUUUAUCCUCUAAGCAGUUGGAGGCCUUGUGAAGAUUUCCGAGUCGUAAUGUCACAAUAAGCUCUGAAGUGGUUGAAAGAGGCUGGUUUUAAUGGGCUUCAAGAAGGGAAGGUGAAUGGCUCACCAUCCGUUCUUUUGUACGUACCCCCGGUAACGCGGAUAGUUUUCAGGCCCUGUAAACUUCUGCUACGCCCCAUACUGUACAAAAAGCUCGUGCUCAGUAUCAAUAUAUAGUUUUAACCACUUUCGGACCUCUUAUCCGCUUGCGUCUUCCAAGUAAUGUUGGUUGCAUUUUAACGGUCUACUGUCAACUUUUAUGGUACAUAAUGCAUCCACGCCUCUAUCCAGUCUGACCUUUCCAGGGAGGAAUUCCAGUUUGUAGGGGAAAGACUGCUGACCUGUCGUUUAAGACUUAAAGCCAGUAAUUUGCAGGUAAAGCAGUGUUAAGGACACAGAAAAAGGAAGAUUAGCGUGGUUCCUUUCGUCCUAUUUACCGUUCCUACCCAUCCGGGAAGGGCCGGUUGAUCAAUGGGUCAUCGGGCCAGGCAUUUUACGACCUGAGCCACUUGACCGUGAUCGGGCGUGGUGUGUAUUCGUCUGACCCAAUUGCGCGACGGAAUACUGCCGGUCUGUUUUAUUCGGGAGUUCUAAUAUAGAGCCAUGACCAUGAGCAAUCGAUAAUCGAGAAGCAUCGUUAAUAAAAAAAAAGAGGGGAGUCUGUGAAGUGGCCCUUUCCAACCCAUCGUCUUGACCCAGCGAUGCCCAAGGCAAGGGACCACCGUGCAAUCAACCAACGCCACUUUUCUGUAACCAUAAUCUGCCCUUAGAAAGCUGUGUUGUGUGACAGGGGUGCUUCGCGGAGACCUGCCUACUGUUCGACAGACCUCAUCUGCAUCAUCGAUCACGAUGGAUGGCAAAGCGAACACAUCUGUCGGCAUCACCACACCUCGCUGUUAUUUUUAAUGAUUCACUCCCUCAUCCCAGCUGGACUCGUAGUUCUUGCCAAGUCGGUACAAGUUGUCUCAUUGCAUGACUCCGGAACCAACAAUUCAGCUAGUUUCCCCGCCUGUCUUACCCGCCUUUGGUGUCCCUCUGAGGUGUGUCUCAGGUGCGAUCAGCUGACCUACGAUGUCUACUCCACACUCGUGUGUAAUCCGCACUUUGAAUAGGAGUAGGGGACGGUCAGUGGCUUAGUGUAUUAAGGCACAGGCCGGAAUAUGGCCCUUCUGCCUCGGCUGCCUGGUUGAGCCCUCACUGCGAAUAUCUGUCGAUGGUUAAGUAAUCUUAUCGUCUGCUGUCGUCUGGUGUAUCCUUAGAAGAGCAUCUUCACGCGUGAUGCGGUUGUAGCUGACUGGAAUGCUUUCAAAGAAAGCCUAUUAUCUACAGGUUUUUCAAAUAUUCGCCUAAUACUGGGACCACCAAGAAGAUCACAUAGGGCAUCACCAUCAUCUAGCAGAUGAUUUUGCGAUGAUUCUUAGAUGUCAACACCUUAUCCCAUUACAGGAGAGCUGGGGUACCAUUGACGUACAUGCUGGUUUAUGAUUUACGAAGGGUAGUGAUUUCGGCCAAUGCAAAUCUGCCUCUGUCAUGGGUCUGGGAUUCUAUGUGCCUUCCACCUCAUCGUAGGUUGUUCCGGCUAAACUAGGGGUGCAUUUCGCGGUAGGACCUCUGUAGUUCAGAGAUUUAAACGCGUCCGCUCCAAUUUUCUACAUUGUCGUAUUCCUUGGGUGUAUCCUAACGUUUUCGAUGGCCGGCAUGGAGUGCUGCCGUUGCAUUUGUCAACAGAAAUAAGGGGUGUUGUGAUGCUAGAGGGCUGAGCCACCGACAUCAGCAACUAAACAUUAAUUUAUACGCGCUAUUCGUCCAGUUUCUUUUGCGUAUUCCCGUCGUUUGGGGACAAGUUAGUAAACCUUUUGAGACCUAUUUAUAGUCCCUCUGCAUGUAGUGAGUUUUCGUCACCUCUCACUGAAUUUUUUAUGUCUGGUAUAAGUAUCCUCAUUAACACUUGUCAUGUGCAUGCUCGCAAAUUCAUACACAGUAAAUGACCUAGUGCAAGUGGAGCAAAUGCAGGCAUUUCCUUCAAAGUAAGUGCUGUCUUGCGGCACAACUUGGCUGUUUUCCAUAACGUAGACUCUGCCGAUCCGGUGCGUGGUAACUUUUUGCGGUCGUUGACCGGCAUCUCAGGCCGUUCUGUUGCUGAAUGCCCGCGUUUCGCCCUACAGAAUGUGGCUGUGAAUUCAGACGGACAUUGUGCUUCUAGACGAAGGGUGUCCUGGGUCCUGCGCUGUCCGCCCUCCCACUUAUGUUUGCAUUGCAUUCCAGCCUCUGUUGUCCUUAUGACCCCUAUUCAACCCCCCCCCCCGCCCGCAUAUCUACGUGUUUUCUUUUACCAAGCCCCAUAAUUGAGUCUACUAGAGUUUGAGGUGACGACCCUUCAUCGUGCGGGUUUCGCAUUUCACAAGUCUGUUUUAUAUUAUGCCGCGAAAUAUUUUGGAGGUCUGUGAAAGAGCUUACUUACUGACCCGCGACAAAUAUCCCGUCUAACGCAUGGCAGCUCGACCAUCACAAGCGUGCCCCACUUAGUGAGCACCGUCCCGGUGACUUCUGCGUGAAUUAGUUGGUAGAAAGGGAGACUUGCGCAGCAUCUACUGCACCCCCCCCCCCUUCUUCCUCACCACCAUGUUGCGAUGGCAAUACCAUGUCCAGACGACCGGAGGCAGGCGUGGGCGAAGUAGCUGAUAAAGCGAGACAACACCUACGCGCGCAGCACGCGACCUAGUCCCCAGUACAUGUGCCAGAUUUUGUAAAGUUGACCCGAUUCUCAGUCGAGAGUGCCGUAAAGAUCACAUUAAGGAGCUAUCGCCUUCUAGCUUAGUUCUCCGGUGACAGCAAAAUACUCUCGCGAGAACCGAGCUGGCUACGCGUACCGGUCCCUGACGGUUCGACCGUCGUUGCCGAUGAUGUCCACCGUGUGCUCCACAGCAAGGAGAAGCAGGGACGAUGGCUUGCGCGUGAAUUAAAUUAUGGUGAGAGUAGACUUGCGCAGCACCUGGGUCCGGUGUCAAAAUAGUCAAGAAGGCUGGAGGCGGUGGAGGGCGCAUGUGGAUGACACGGUCGAGGCCGCACCUCGACUCUCCAGUCCGCACCCCCUGGUCCACACAGCAAAUGACCAGGAUUUUAACCAACAACAAUGGGGAGGGCCGCAGGCGUCCCAGUGUGCGCGACUUCUGCCACCGAUUGGGUCUGCCACCGCACCCCGAAAUGUUAGCAUUCGUUAUAGUGUGCCUUCCGAUAACGCCUACCAGAAUCCGAUAUGGCCGCCGUGUUGGUCCAGCGCAUCUACUACGUAUGUGGAUAGCAAUGAUUUAACAUCUUUGAGAGCUGCCGUGGAAACCCCCCCCCCGAGCCGUACGAAGACCGAAUCACUUCUUCAGUUGGCAGCCUUCCAAGCCCAAACUUUUGACGGGUCAAAUUUACUCUAGCGAGGAUACUAGUGUCUGGCUGGACCACACUCUUUCCUUUCCUAUCGAAUACUGGCGACAUGCCGGAGUCAGGCGUACUGGCGCGUGCGGUGGCUGACGUGACAUGAACUCUGCCACUCACAUGUUUAGUGCGCAGAUUGCUUUUAUGACUCGACAAAAUACCACGAAAAGCCAGGACGAGUCUUAAAGGCGCCACCAUGAGUCCUGCUGAUAAUGUUCAAACACGACACUGCUUCAGAGAGCUUUCGUAAUUUGAGUUUUUUCCCAGCCGAUUGUCGAAGUUGCCCAAUAAGCUACUGCUUUUGUACUUCCUGAGGGGGCUCCGUUUAAUUUGGCGUUUUCUCUCAGGUACAGUUUUCGUUUGAAUCGACCUUUCCCUUUUUCCUCAUUCGGUGGCAGUCUGAUCAAACAAAAAUGCUUCUUAGUGGCCGCCAUCAUAGGCGUUAGGCCUUUUAUAUGCAAAUACGUUACAGGCAGGAAAAAAACAUCAGUUUCUUUUCUUUUAACUGUCUGGAGGGAAUAUUUUUCCCAAAAGGAGUCCUUUGUUGUCUGGAGGGGGUUUCUACUGCCCUUCCGUACCAUCCACAUGACACGGCAAACAUUGUUAUAGUUUGUCAGAUGCGCGUAGGCUAUCGGCUUCACGUUGGAUUUAUGCACCUGUCUUCGUGAUUCUAUCAGUAAAAAUAUUCUCCCUGCAUAAAAAAAAUGUGGGGCGGAGUUUGCCUUUUUGGUGACAUCUUAGUGUUUUUCCUUCUUUUUGCUGCUCGACAGUUUCAUGCAUAAAGCUCCACUCAGCUUUUGUCCGAAAACGGGAUUGUUUUUGCACCUACCAACGUAGACUCCGUCCCCCCCUCUCAUCUCCAUGUCGCAACACAGUCUAUGCGUCUGACACUGUACACCGAGAGAAAACCCACCCAGGAUAAGACUGGACGUAACGUUCUCUCCCAGGAAGUAAGCGACUGCUCCGCUGGCCGGUCCUGAAUCCUGCAGCUGAAAGCCAGCCUAAAGCGUGGUCAAGCCUCGACGACGUCGGCAACUCAACCUUGUUCUCGCGCCCCCCCACGUGUACUUAUGACUCGGCAGUAUUCAUUGCUGCAUGUUUGGCCGAUUCUGCCUCCCGAAACUUUGUGCGGCAACGGCCGGCUGUUGAGGGAGGGUUUCGACUGUGGGAAAUGCGGUUGCACAGAUUGUGCUGUUGUCGUGGUGUCUUCAUCUCCUCCACACGUUUUUAUCGCUGCCACCUAGCAACCUCAUGCCUGACAUCUCCGGAGCGCUGGUAGCCGAAGGCCACAAGUUGGCAUUCCGGCACGUCUUCAGAGAACAGUGUCCGCACGGCGGAGGCGGUUCCUUCACGCAGGGCUUUUUUUGCCCUAUGCACGACCUCGGUCUCACCAGCAGAUUUUUGGGUUUAAUCCUUACCACGAGCUUUCGUCUAUGGCUACUGCUCUGGCGAGGUACAGUUGGGCUCAUGCGAAAAUGAUUCAGCAAGCUAAGUUUAUUACCGAAGGGAUGGAACUAGCAUGUAUAUUCGCGGUCACAAUUGCGCACAGUUUCGCCUGGGGGCGCACUUGCAAGCCUGGAUUUCGGAUGAAAACUCGGUCAAUCGAUUUAUUGAUCUGGCGCCGGCGUACAGAGCUCUGCGCCGUCGGUCGAUGAUUGGCCUGCAUGCCCUAUAACUCGCUUGUUCUGUUGCUGCUACUACCUCUGACGAUGGACUCCUGCACGAGUCUGAAAACUCGGGACAAUAAACGAAGUGUUCCGGUGCUCGAACCGUCUUCUUCACUUAUCCGAUGCUUAUGCACAACGCAUCAACACUACCGGCUUCUUUUUCCCAUUUCUCCUACCUGGUUUGUGAUGACCAGGGUCCAACCCCCACCCUUGGCUACUGCAGCUUUUCUGUUUAUAGGAUCCACAUCUUCGAAACUGCACUGAAGGGUCGAGUGCCUACUGGUUGGUUGGUCAUCGCUAACACCACGUGAACGUCCCUUUCCGUUGUGGAGUUUAGUUGUGUGGCCAAUGCCAUGUGACGUCUCGUUGCCGGUCGGUGUCGCGUUCUCUGACUGCUUUUUGUCGAGGUUCGGAAAACAGUCGCACAUCAAUUCACAACUUGCGAGUCCAGCCACGUUUUUCUGAGCCAUCCCUAUAUGGGGGAAGCAAAACGGACGCGCCCAUUACAAGGCCGGUCCUCCCGUUCCUACCUGAUGAUUUGCUUUUCAAAGCGAGUAGCACCUAAAGCCCUUGGUGGUCUCCUUGCUGGUGUAAAUGAAAGCACUAAUUGGCGGUUUUCUUGCAUGUCUGCGAGCAAGGUGGGGCGUUUUACACCAGCCUAUUUAGGGGCCCUAUAACCGCCCCCCCCCCCGAAACCUCUCAUGCAGUGGGUGUACUUUACGAGUUCUUUGGCCACUGCCAUGACAUUUGACAUUCCCUUUAUUUGCAACUGUCGGGGAUGCACAGAGCAUAGGCGAUUUAGUCCUUCCCUUAGGCGGUUGUGUGUACGAGAUGAAGUACCCAGCGGUCAGCAGAGAUAUUAUUUAUGGUCAUUCUUCCACCGUGUGCCGUAUUCUAUUUUCAUGUCAAAUGUGUUCCCUUUGACCAGAGUUCUCUCACACAAUUUGUGUUUUUGUCGGAUUUCUUAAGCCGAUCCUUCUAUCGUUGUUGCAGGAUUACGCAGAAAUGGCACGAGAAAUCGACUACGAGAGCGUCACUACACUCGACCCUUCACAUGUUGUGGCCAUCAAGUCGUUGUGGAGUGAUCCAGGCAUCAAGGAAUGUUACGAUCGCCGGCGGGAGUUCCAAAUUACCGACUCCGCUAAAUAGUGAGUUUUUAUCUUUUUUCUGAAAAGCUUCCUCUUUAAAAAGACAUGAGGUCCGCUAAUUCCUUUAAUUUUUAAGUGGGAAAUGCAGCCAGGGGUUUACGUUUCUCGUUUUAUAGAGAAAGCUCUUCACAACAAGCCUUCCCCAUCACCGCCCGGACAGCUGUGUACCUGUCCAACUUAGCGGCCUUAAAAAGGCCUCGGGACCUCCAAGCCGUGGCUGCCUUGAGAUACAGCAACAGCCCCCCCCCCCCCCUUUAACUGCCUGCCAUGCAGAUCAUCAAAUUUGACACUCUUGCGCCCAGUGCGAAAAUCAUGACGACCUGAGUAUGUCCAGUUCCAUAGAUCGCGACCAGUCUCCUCCAUAGCACUGGUGUUGCAUUUAGGACAUUUGCUGACUGGAUGACUAAGUGGCAGCCGAGAUAGCUGAUGUAUCCUAACCGUCGUAACCCAACACCAAUUUCCGCCCGGGAGAAGACGGUAGAAAGCGUCAGUAGGUAGGGGGUGUGUAUUAGGUACCGUAGGGGAAAGACUGGCUCGAAAAGCUUAGCGGUUCACAAGCAGGGAUAGGCGUAGACAACAUGUGAACACAUCUGGUGUGUGCAUUUGGCCAUGCGGUUGGCUGUUUAGGUUAGUAUGUCCGUGUUCUCCACGCCGAGGCGAUGGUCGUGUGGGUCGCACAGUGGCGUGCCUGUCUGACCAGCACACUUAAAUACACUACUAGCCUGGCCCUAGCCUACCUGCCGGACGUGGAAGACUGACGCGCUACUGCAAUGCCCACAAGCUGCUUGAUAACAACUGUUUCUCUGAUCCCAGGCGGUAGUUUUCCUAGUCACCGGGAGUUGUCGACAGUAAAACCGCGUCUACAUUACUGUUAAUGAAGAUUUAGAGCCUUGUAGAACAGCCUGAUGCUUUGUAGUAAAUAUUUGACGUUUCCGUUGCUUGUCUUUGCCUUGGCGUGAACAUUUGGCAGAUGUCCCGGGAUUUUUGCUCUAUUACGGGGGUUUUCCGCUCUUCAUUGGCCAUUUGGCGCAUUUUUAAGCGCACAGUCGUUUUCGGAUUUUCGUUUAUAGAGAGACUUAGUUGCUUUUCAGGAGCUAAACUCAUUUGUCAGUAUGCCGUCCUAGCAUUCUUCCGCAUUAGCACCCCCACUCAACCACAGUGUUCAGCAGGUUUAUUGGUAAAGGCAAUUUCAGUUUCUACAUCCCCACUUACCGGUCAAAAGUCCUCCCGCGAUGCCAUGCCUAUCGGUCUCAAUUUUAAACAGUCAUCUUAGCAGUGUCGGCUGCAAGUGGGUCCGAAAUACCCACGUAAAUUGCCUUUCCAAUAUUGCCUCUGUCCCUCUUCAUAAUUGAAAUUCAACCGCAGUGCGACGGUGCGGUUUACAGUCCACAUACCACGGCACCAUCAGAGGGCAGUUAGCCCUCUGAGCAUUGCGGUAGCUGUUUUUCGAUUGCUUAUUUCGCAGCCAACAUUUGUCAAGGCCAUCAGACCAUCCACUAAUCGUGAAAGUGGAGUAACUGUGCUGCGAUUGGUAGAUAGCUGCUCAGCAAUUGCGCUACGGAACUCACUCGUCCCGUUGUGCCUUGAGGGAUCUCUCUCGGGCCCCGCCAGCAGCCGCACAGCGGCGCGUAGUAGAGGCAGAAUAGCAUUGCUGACAAAGACAAGGAAGACCGCAGUGGCCAUUUCUGGCCGUCGUCAGCCAGCCUCGCCAAACCUCGAGGUGUGGGACACCUGGGCUCAGUGGUUAGGGGCGUUGGAUCGCGGGAUCGAGCCCCAGGUGUUACACACCUCGGGUUGCUUUUGGUGGGCUGACGACAGCCGAUAAAACAGAAAUGGGCAUUCUACUCUCCUGGUCUUUGUCGGUAAUUCUAUUCUGCGCCACGCUUGGCCAGCCUCUGGAAUAUCACGUUUAUAUUGAUAAGCGUGAAUAUGAUUUGCAUACAGCUCAGCGGAAUAAGAGGAGUCGUUUGCCGGGGACUAGGCCUGUCUGGUCUCGGACGGUCCAAAAAACAACCCCUGGCCGCUCAUAAUCACAGUCUGUCGACUCUAACCUGCAUUCGGCCAUGCUGUCAAGGUCAGUACCGGCAGCCAAUUGAUUGUUGAUGUCUCGAGUGAUUCUCACAGUCCUGCCCAGGCCCGUUUGACGUAUUUCGUGGCGCUACUUUCUGUGGCGAAAACCGAAUGAGUUUGAAUUGUUUACCCGUUGGUUGCGUAGUGUCUGCUGUACCAUGAUCAUCAGUAAACCAUGGCCAUCGCAGCCAGGCGUGCACUGACAGUUUUCUGGCACUUGGUUCUUCUCGGCCGGUAGGGGCGCUUACGCUCAUGUUUUGGGUGUACAAUUCGUUAGCCUAACUGCCCGGUCAUCUUUGUCGUCCUUCUGACCCGUUGUGGUGCUGGUCAAAAUCCUGGUCAAGUGUUUGUUAUGGACCGGGGAGGUGUGGUAGCACGCUGCCGCGUGGGUCCGGCCGUGCCAGCCGCCUACGCCCACUCGCGCCGCCGGUCUUCUUGACUAUGUCCGGACGCAGGACGCAGAUGAGGGGAGAGAAGGAGAGAGUGCGGUAGAUGCAGCGUAACUCUACUGUGGAGCACACGGUGGAUAUUGUCAGGUAGAACGGUCAAAUUGUCUGCUUGAUUGCACAAAAACAUGCGGACCGUGGGAGGCUCGACGUGACCGCCCACACCUGCAUCUAUUGUGCCGUAUGUUCUUCACUCUGCCGCAUGUUUUUUGCUGCCCUUAAGUCGUGGGCGAUCAAGGAUGAGCUUGCCAGCCGAUAUUCACGUCUGGAAUAUGCUCCGGUGAACGCGACUUAUACACGCAACUUAUUUAAGUAACUGAUGGAUUUUUGACCGAAUAUGCUGUCUUUUAAGUUGUUUAUAUCUUACUGAAUUUCCCCUCUGGGUGUAGCCUUUAACCGUUUACGGCGACAAGCACCCGUCCACUAGCUUUAUCGAUAAGCUGUUCAGAGUCAGUACCUUGUAUCCGAUCUUAGUUAAUAUCGAUUAAGACUUACGGUUACAGUUCGCAGCUAGUCAGGCAUUUUAGGGUAAUUUCACCUGCCUGUUGAACAGCCUGAUGACCCUAGUCCUGUAAAGUUUUCGCGUAAAUAAGUGAUCCGCGUGUAAGUUAUGAAUCUUUCCAAUACGACCUUUUGAACAAACGUGGCUUGACUACGAAGAAGGCAGGACAUAUGCGAUGAUUGCCUGUUUGCCGUACCUGUCUCUCUUCACCUAACGCCUUAUCUGCCGUGAAUUCCCUCUACUCACAGCGAAGUAAUGCGGCCACUAGGGAAUCCAGCCCCACAGUGGAUGUCACGACGGCCGAGCUACCAACUUUCAGUAGUAACUACUCCCAACCUCCCCGUGAUCUCGGGCUGUCUGGUGCCUCAGCGCUGCUGGAAAAGGGAUUUAAGCUAGACUCUGUAAGAUUAGUUUGCGAAGAGCGUUAAUAAAACGCAGUGUUUGUCGCACCAGAUCACAAUGAAGACGACGAUCAUUUUUCGUGUAUCUUCUGUGCUUGAAUAAUAGUACAGACUUCUGUGCGCUCGAUUUCAUUAGCUAAACUGACAGUUCUGCCGAACCCAUUGACGAUGUCCAUCAAGGGCCUACAGCAGGGCGGGCACAGGGACGGUGACAUGCGUGCGAAUUAGUUUAUGGUGACAUUAGACUUGCGCUGCAUCUGCCGCACUCCCCACCCCAACCCUCCUAGGCGGAAAAAGAAGACCGACUGACGCGGCGCGGACCUGCGCCUAGGCGUGCCAUCACACACCAUGUAUGUCAUUUGUAAUGAGUGCGUAGCCCAAUAACGCGCGCAUGACCUUGGCCUAGCCUCCGUUUUGGUCCAGCGCAGAUCCCGCGUGGCUCGUAGUGGACACAUGAACUAGACUAGUACAUUGUCGUCUUAGCGCCUGAACUCAUGCAGGCGUCUCGGCAACUAACUUUUCCUCAUUACACAUGCUUCAGCGGUCUGGCUACAAUACAGAGUACGUUCCUUCUUUAAACUCCAAGGUGAGUCGGAAGUAACAUGUUUCCACCGACCGGACCGACAAGGCACCACUUCUAUAUGAUGCUUGCUAUUCUCAUUCGCAGCCAACGGGACGUAACCUUGUGACCAUAAUGUUCGGUGACGUGGAUUCAGAUUUCAAGCCUUUUAGGCCUGUGUUUGCCCUGCGAAUGACUUUGAUAGCCAAUAGACUAGAAGUAGCACCCUCAUUUCGUAGGCAGCAUUUCUGCGCCUCUACGCGCCUACCGUUUUUUGUCCUGUUUACGUAUGGUAGUGCCGAUCGCCUUCCACUCUGCUUGUUUGUAAGGACCACUGCAAUCGGCGACGGGCGUCUUUGCAAGGUUUGGAUUUUUAGCGACGGGCCUCGAUGAGCGUGGGCUUGUUCAAGUAUUCUUCAAGUUGGGAGGGAAAAAAUUGGAGUGCUUUUGCUGUUUUUAGUGAACAGAAAAUGGAAGUCGCUGACGGAAGGUAGGCUAGAAUCACAGUCCGUGCCGUAUAACAAAGGGCCUCUAGUAUAUGACUGGUGAAAAUGACCAGUUUCCUCUGUACCUACUCGUUCUCGAUGUGGUCGUAUGCAUGACUGAUCAGUGAUGCUGUGAGCGCUGCUGCCGCCUCCAACGCCCUGUAACAGGAAAUCCAGGGAGUUCGCCUGGCUACAUUAAAGCCAGGAGGAUCGAAACGCCAUCUCAGUGUUUCCUGUGGAGCCGGGUUCGGAGUUGCCCUCCUCGUCAUCCUCACUGAGACGACAACGUUCAAAAAACGGCUAUUGGAUUAACUGAGACGGACGACGAAGGAUGCGCCAGCCCGUCUCUUUUUGGAUGAUUGCCAGUGUCCUGAGAAUGCCAUCGCAUCAGAUAUGGACCGUUUCAUUCAAGAACUAGUUUGUAUACUCGAACAGCUGAUCUCGGGCAACAAUGCUUUGAAACCGUCACUUUCCGCAUACUUCCACACGCACAACUCGUCAUUCACAGGCGUAAGGAAGGGCUGCCUGUAUAGGUGCCCAGUCCACGUGUAUCCGCACAGUGAUUGCGAUAUCCGUUGCCGUUUUCUACGAAUUUGGCAGAGGGUAGGAUCAUUGUAGAAUCUUAGUCGAGCUGUGUAGGCAGACAACUGCAGGACUCUUGCACAAAUCCAGCAAUUGCGGCGUUGUUGAUGAAGUCCUAGGCUUCGUGCAGAUGUCCCGCCUACUGGAGAUGUCAGCGCUGCAUCCGGCUCUGGCUGCAGAACGAAACCGGACUUCUGAUUUUUUUUCCACCCUCAAAUGUGUUGGGUUGUGGUUUUUAUAUGUCAUCGAAAAGAGGCAUUCUGGACACGUUUGGGACACGGGCAUCCAGUUACGUGGAAGUGGUAAAAUGAUCUGAUCCGUUGAUAUUGCCUGCAUUUUUCUAGGGUCAUGCGAGGCGUUGGAAUAGGCCAUUGUCAGCUACUGCCGUCAGUGAAAUGCACUGUCAGUGGAGGUAUGCCCACCGAUCCGAAGAAGUCAAGUUCUAGACUUCCCCGUAGGAGUCCUCGUCUUGAAUUAGGGCGACUUUGAGAGCAUAAUUUUUUAAAGUCACCUUGGAAUAGCGUUCACCGACCUCUUCCUGAUUGCAGGGUGGUAAUGGGUAACGCUUCUCGAUGACCGAUUGUUUGUCGCAGCGCGACUGCCUGCGAAAGAAAACGAAAGGUUUAUUUCUGUUCUACAGGCGAUCGCUUAACGCCAUUCUCAUUUCCCCGCUCCCGGAAGGCAGAACGUGAGGCAGAACGUGUCCCACUGACCGAAUUUCACAUCAUAACUAAUCGCGAUCUUGGACUAAUCUAAUAAGCUGAGAAUGGCUAUUCCGGUCUCUCAUCUCUGUCAUGGUAAAACUUGAAAGGGCCCUCUUUCUGGGGCAUACCCAAUGAAGAAGGGAAACUGGAUUUCUUGGUUCACUUUGCUAAUUCUUUUAUUUCACCUUUUAAAUUUUCCUCCAAAGAAUAUUUUUGGCUGGAGCCUCGACCUUCAUUGCCCCUUUUACUUGCCAUCUUAGUUACCUGGACAACAUCGAUCGUAUCGCCAUGAGCGACUAUCUCCCCACCCUGCAGGACAUUCUUUUCCUUCGAGUCCCAACAACCGGUAUCAUUGAGUAUCCCUUUGAUCUGGAUUCCAUCAUAUUCCGGUGCGUGCAUAUAUUUGCUUUUUGCGCCGCAUUCUGUUUUCUACUUCCUUUUCUCUAUCGCUGUGCCUGUUUGGGUAGAUUUUAUGCACUGCAAAGUCAAUGGCCAGUUCUAUCUCGGCGACACUCGCAUCUACACCUACAUCUGACUGCGCAAUCACAUUAGCCCAGUAGCUUUUACUGGUGCACCCUGGUUUCAGGACAUUUCCACUUUGUCUUGCAGCUGUGUGUCUGCAGUCCUAUCUUUGUCCUCAAAACCCACUUGACCAUUAAACGCAACCCGCCAUGCUGUCACCGGCAUGAAUACUCAACUGCAGGACAAUUGCUACUACAGUAACCAACGUAAGUGCACACCUAGUUGCUGCAAAUCAGGCACAUCCGCCAGUCAAGUUUACGUCGCGGAUAGAGACGGCAGGUUCGCUCCCUCGUGCAUAAUGAUCGAACGGCACCGUUCAAAGAAGCCUCCAUCGGAAGAAAACUUGGUCAGGACGAUACAAAAACUACAGUUUUGCACCCCUCUAACAGAUAGGCAAUCUAGUCCGUUGUUCGGCGCAAAGGACUAGAAAAACCUGUUCCGCAGACAGCACGAACGGGGCACUUAGAAAGAUUCGACGCCUGUUUAGCCAUGACGGGUAUCCUAACGGAUUUAUUGCGAAUAUCAUCGAGAUAGCAGCGAAGCCAACCACACAGACGACAGAAAAGGAAACUUUUUCACAAUGUCCCCUUUCGAGGAGAGGUAUCGAGUGAACUCGUGAGAAGGCGCCUAGAUCAAGCUGUUUCACGAACCUUCCCUCCAGCAAGCGUUCGGGUAUUACUAUCGACCGACCAUAUUUUAGUCGGCAAGGAUAGACUGCCAGCUCAGAUCAUCUCAGUGUACAUUCCCUCUUGCAUUUGCUCAUGCAGAGCAGAUCAUAUUGGUCGCACGAGUCGGCGCCUAUCCGAAAGAAUACGUUAACACCUCUGACGAAAUAAAGUGCAUAAGUGACGCCGUUCUUUCGCAUCUUGUUAAUUCCGGGCAUUUUCUGGACCCGAAAAAGGCUUCAGUGUGAUUUCUAAGAUCCUAUGGAGCUACCGCAAACCACUGGAUCAUCGCCUACUAGCAGCAACAGAAGCGACUGCCGUCAGGUUACGAAAGCCGGUCUUGUGCGCACAGAAUAUCCUCGUGGGAGCUUUGCGUCUCCCGUAGGCAAAGGUCGGUUAUAACAGCAUGCAAUUCUCCGCUUCCCCCACCCCGACACAACUCAUCACUUUCCUGCGACCAUGAUGGUUCGACGCAUGCAAAUCCCGGGAAAUCGCUUAUUUCUAAUUUCAGUACCGCGGUGAAAGCGUUGGUGGAUGGUUGACUGACUCGAGUUUGCAGCCUGGGGUUGGUUGAUGACGGUAAACAAACCAAACACGACCAUUCCGGUGUCGUCGUUUAGUCACCAGGACUGUAGACUUCAUUUUACCCAUCGUGGCUUGUCGUAUUUGCGUUUUAUUGGUGAGCGCCACGUCCUGUUAUGUGUUACCCCCCCCCCCCCCUGCUAAACGUUGGCCCAUUUAUUCCCAGUCCACCGUCAGAGGCAUUGCUUUUUGGCAGUUGGCAGCAGACCCGACUGUUGGAAAAGUCAGCCGACCUAUAAAGUUAUUUGGGCAGUCUCUCCGCUCCUCUCUUGCACUAACACCUUUAAAUUCUCGCCUCUGCUUAUUUCAGGUGUGAUUAACUCUAGACCUGAGGAGGACACUGUCUCCGACAGUCUUCUCUGUCUGAUAAUUUUAACUAGACGGUUGCUGCGGCCUUAACGAUCUCAAGUCAUGAACAGCACUGGUUCGGGCUACCGUAAGCUCAGGUGCUAACGGUUUAAUGCAUAAAUAGGUAGAUUAAAGGUGCGGGAAAGGUCAUUUCACAAGUAUGAUCAUAAAUUUCAGUCGAUCGUCGCAAUAUCCGUCUGCGUAUCUAAGCCCAUCAUACGUACAAAUCAGGUGGCCCACAGGCUCGAGGUUAGCUAAAAAUUGCGACCUCAGACCUUCAACUCGCCACGAUGACAAAAUCGUUCUAAUCUCAUUUUAUGGCCUCGUUAGUGUUUGCCAGUAAUAUGUACCCAACCGUUUGAAAAGUCAGCCAACCAAUAAAGUUCUUUUAGGCAGUCACUCUCGAAUUAACACCUUGGGAUUCUAGCCUUUGUUUACUUCAUGUAUGACUAAAUUUAGACCGGAGGAGGACACUGUCUUCAUCAGUCUUCUCGGUUCGAUAAUUUUAACUGCACGGUCUCUGACGCCCUACUCAGCGAUUGUACCUUUUUUCUUACAGAAUGGUCGAUGUAGGUGGACAGCGUUCGGAACGUCGCAAGUGGAUCCACUGUUUCGAGAGCGUCACUUCUAUCAUGUUCCUCGUCGCGCUGUCGGAGUAUGACCAAGUGCUCGUCGAAUCCGAUAAUGAGGUUAGUUCCAUGUCACUGUGCAUGACUACGCAGCCGUGCGUGCGCUCACCUCCUAGCCCACAUCUAAUCCAUGUCCAUUAAUUCUCCCUAUGUUUCUGCCAUCACGCUGCUUCUCAUAGAACCGAAUGGAGGAGAGCAAGGCCCUGUUUCGGACAAUCAUCACAUAUCCCUGGUUUCAGGAGUCGUCCGUGAUCCUAUUCUUGAACAAGAAAGAUCUCCUCGAGGAGAAGGUUCUCUACUCUCACCUUGUAGACUACUUUCCCGAGUUUGACGGUAGGUUCUCCUGCUAGCUUGCCCAAAGCGUCUUCUGAGUCUGGUAUUUUAUUGCGCUCAUAUCGCCUAGCAACCUGGUACCUCAAUUAAUGCGCUUAUUACUCAUUUGCAGUAGUAAUUGACUCGAAGAAGGGCAUGCAUAUUUCGAGAAAAACGGAUUUGACGUCCUAAAACAACAUCCGACGGCUUCUCAACUACCGCCACAUAGCUUAAAUUUGGGAAAAUGAGAUUGCCGAAAGCAAACUAACUCGAAGGAAGAAGGCCAGGUCACUUGUUUGGAUAUGGGGACUUUUUCCGUGACCAUAGGUGGCAGCGCACUGCGUGUGCUCGGGGGGGGGGGAUGCAGACAAGUGUCCCUCGGUAUCUCUCGGUGUUGCACAUUUUUGUAUUGACAUGACCUGCAAAGGUGUACGGUAGGGGGCGCCCGCUCCUCUGAAAACACGACAAUUAUCUGCCACGUUCGCAUCAGCGGAUUAGAUGUUGCUUAAUUUCUCAGGUGAGGAUGAGGCUAGUAUGUACUGCCUGUCCGCGGUUCGGUGAAUCCAGGACCUGCUUAGCCUCUCUGCUGACCCUCGCAGUAAGCACUCAACCACGUAAACUCAUCUGCCUCCCGGGGAGGGGGACGCACCGCGCCCCAGCACCGUUAAUGAUCACCCAAGGCGAGCAAAGCCAUCGUCUCCCAGCUGUGCCCGGGACCGGGUUGCACCACGAACAGCCCUGGUGGAGAGGAGCACAACAACGAUACUGUGUACCACUUGUCAGUCAGCGUGUGUCGACCCUUAGCCGGCGCCCACCGCUUUUGUAUAUCUAAGCAACGUCAUGCCGACUCAAACGGACCACUUAGAGUAGGUGGCUUGGACUGCACGCCAUAGGUCAAAGACGGUCUGCCUUAUACCGCCCAUUGUUGUACAUCAGUUAUCGAUGAAGAGGGGACGGUGGUGGGUUCCGUCCGCCUCCCGCCUCAUCUGCCAAUCUACAAUUUUUUUUUUGCCAGACGGGGACAUGUAUUAUCACUAGUACUGCUCUUUUCAGUGCCUAUCCACGCUUUCGACUUUGUUUACUUAUGCCCUCCCCCGCCUCUCCUUCCCCCGUUAACCAAGGUCCCCAGCGAGACGCCAAAGCUGCCCGGGACUUCAUACUGAAGAUGUUUGUCGAACUGAACCCGGAUCCCGAGAAGGUGAUCUACUCUCAUAUUACUUGUGCAACUGACACGGAGAAUAUUCGUUUCGUGUUUGCCGCUGUGAAGGACACUAUUUUGCAGCUAAACCUUAAGGAGUACAAUCUUGUCUGA